CAUUUUAUGUGAGCGAGCGUUGGAUGGGGGUCCAGCUGCGUGUUCCAUGGAAAAGAGCGAGUUUAAUAGCUUGAGUUGAUAAUUGGGUUCUUUGUUUAAAAGUUAGGACCGUACUUCGAAAGUUGUAAUAAUAAAUUAGGCUUCAGUUUGAAUACAGUUUAUCUUUAUUAAAGGAAAAUGAGUUACGGCAGGCCUCCGCCAGACGUGGAGGGCAUGACGUCUCUGAAGGUGGACAAUCUGACGUACCGAACCUCUCCGGAGACUCUGCGCCGCGUUUUUGAGAAGUAUGGUCGGGUAGGGGAUGUCUAUAUUCCCCGGGAUCGCUACACGAAGGAGAGCAGAGGAUUCGCGUUCGUGCGGUUUCACGACAAGCGGGACGCCGAGGACGCGAUCGACGCCAUGGACGGGGCGAUCCUGGACGGCCGGGAGCUGCGGGUCCAGAUGGCCCGCUACGGACGGCCACCAGAUUCUCACUAUGGACAUCGAGGAGGACCUCCCCGCAGGUACGGGGCAUAUGGCAGAAGGAGCAGAAGCCCGAAACGCCGAAGACGCAGCCGCUCCCGGAGCCGGAGUCGCUCCCGUUCCCGCAGCCGCUCGCGCUACAGCCGCUCCAAAUCGCGCUCCUAUUCGCGUUCUCGUUCUCGCUCCAAGACUCGCUCCAAGUCUCGCUCCAAGUCCCGCACAUCUCGCAGAAGCAAGUCCAGAUCCCCGUCCAGGUCGCGCUCCAGAUCUCGAUCCAAAUCGAGGUCCAAAUCGAAAUCCAAAUCCCACUCGAGGAGUCGCUCGCCGACAUCGAAAAGGAUCUCCAAAUCCAGAUCACGGUCUAAGAGCAUGCUGAAGUCCCCUGAGAAGAACGGUGCAGUCUCAUGAACGCUGCUGAUUCCUGUUUGCAAAAGAGGAGUUUGGGGCUGUAUGUGCAGUUAGAUGGGGUGUGAUCCGGCCCAGUCCUCCGGCUGCUGCUGGUGGUGUGGUGGCUAAGGAGCAGGUGGUUCUGUCAGUAUUGGGGUGGUGCUGAGGUAGGUUUGCAGGACAAUGGAUGGAAGCCUGGCAUUGUCCUCCUGGUCAUCGAUUUGGGCCGCUGGGAGGCAAAGGUUAAAUGGGAAAAAAAAAAUGAGAACUUGGCCCCCUUUUGUGGAGGGGCGGAGGAGUGGGGUUGGAAGAAACCCUCUUGGGAUGAGUGGAAUGUUUUUGCACACAAUACUAUUAGAUCCAUCAUUCAAACAUUUUCCAUUCUCUUGACACAAGUGAUAAGCCUUCAUAUGUGUAAGAUUUAAGUAAACACCCCAUUUAGCAGUAUGGAAACUAAACACAUCCCUUCAACCAACCCUCGGUGUUUUCAGUAAUCUCCCACACAUGCUCUGAGGGUUCUGACUCCUUGCUGUUUUGCAUAGUAACACUCAUCAUAAAAAAAAUGAUCAUGAUGUGACUGCAGGUAAUAGUUUGCUUAAAUGAACAAUGUCAAUGAUGUCUGUCUUAUUCAGACCUGCUUCUUCUUCUCUAGUUUUUUCAGGCUGAAAGGACCAAGGACAUCCCAUUGGAAGUAAAGACCUAAGACUGAGGACUUCCACCCCACAAAAUGUGACUUAAGGUUAAGAUUGGACCUUGGUCUGAAGAGUCCCCUCAUUUGUUUGUUUAUACCUAAAGGCUUUAUUUGUACUAAACGGUUUGAUUUCAUUUUAAUUCGUUAAACAUGCCGAGUAGCAGAUGCUAAUGAGUUACUGGAGCUAAACGGAAACAACUAAUGAUGGAGAGGGCGCAAAGGAAUUCCGUAGAAAUUGUAAUUGAGUUUCUUAAAUGUUUUUCGUCGUGAAGAAAUUAUUCACCUUCCACAAAUGCAGCUUUAGUUAUCUGUUCUCUAAUUAGCCCUCAGUCUAAAAACAUCCAGUUCUUAGUUCAAGAUGUACUGAAACUUGGAAUUAACUGCUUAAAUGCAACCAGUGCUAUGUGGAGAUUUUUUUUAAAUAUUCUUGCAGCUUUCUGCUGUAGAUUUAUCGUUUUUAUUUUACUGAUUUCUAAUCUUGUAUGUUUGUGCACUAGGCGCAGUCGUGUAGCUGUUGAGUUGCUGAUUAGCUGUUGAGGUGCCGUGUGGCUGCGCAAGCUGCUUGGCCAUGCCUGGUUGUCUCCAGAUUUACUAUUGUGGUUACCAUAACAGCAUAAUCAUGGCUGCUGUGGGUCACUUUGGUAAAUGCACAUUUUCUUUCUGGUACCUUGAAACAUUUUUCAAUAAACUUAGUGGACAAUUACCAA